AUGCAGCUGCAGGAUGCCAUGCCCAGCCCCAGUAUAACCGUGUCUCCAGAGGCCAUCACUCUGAGAGAGGCGGAGCCUGUUGGUAUCCCCGUUACAGAGUUUGAGGGUGCAGAGCUGGUUGAUGACCAUCCAGAUACUAUUGACUUCCUGCUGGCACAAACAGAUCACUUUCCAGAAGGAGAUUUGGAGAUACCGGGAGAAAAGGUGGCAGCAGGGGAACAAGAAAAAGAGGUGGAACGGGAGGAACGAGAGGGCGACCUGGAGAAACACGGAGCAAAGGAGCUCACGGGAUCCACUCUAGAGUUGCAGCCCACUACUCUUUCCAGUGAGGAGGCUAUUUUGUUGCCUCAGGAAGAGCCAGGCCUGCCCGCAGAGAAGCCCCCCUCAGACCAGCUCACUCCCGUCUCUGUGCCCGGCCUGCCUGCUCCGCCCUCUGCAGCAAAGGAACGUGAAAGGCGUCUAAGAAGUCUGGAGUUGGAGGUGCUGGCUUUUGAUGUGGCUUCACCAGAGAAGAAAAAGAGGAAGAGGAGAAGGAGGCAGCUGAUCUUCUUUGACCCGGUGACGCAGCUCUCCCAGGACGAUGUGCAGCGACAGAUCGACGACUCUUUGACCGAGACGAGGCGACCACUCCUCGCCCCGCUUUCCUUUCAAAGGAUCCUUCCUGCUGCUGAUCUCUUCAACAAGCCCUGCACCUUCUUGCCUGAAGAGGUUCAGUUUCUAUGGAGACAGAGUGCAACCGUCACACCCCUCUCGGGCUCGGACCUGCAAGUUGGGGAGCGAGGCCCCGAAUCCACUGAUUCUGAAAGGGAGAGAGAGCGUGAGAUGCUCGAGGUUCCCGAAAGAGAGGUCCUCAGAGAAAUGGCAGAAUCAGAGAUGCUUGAUAUUUCAGCCCAGGGUGCACUGCCACUGGAGGGCAGUGACCAGAGAGAGGUGUCUCGAGAGAUCUCCCCCUUAUAUCUAUCCGAAGGGUCCACUCUCUCCAGGUCUAUUUCUACACUGAGGGACAUCCCAGAGGUGUCGGACGAGUUGCCUGGGAGAGUAGCCGCGGAGUCACCUCGGUUGCUGCCAGAAUUGGCCGAAGGUGAAGUAGAGCCUCUGCUUUUUCAGUCCCUCUUGCCGCCCGAGGUCAACCGCAAAACUGUCAGCAAUGUUUUUCAGCGGCUUCUGGCAUCUUUAUCUGCCAGGAAGCUGCGUGUGGAGCAGGAUGAGCCUUAUGGUGACAUCUUCAUAUUUCGUGGCUCCAACUAUGAAGAAAUACAUCUGCCUUUGUAACAUGGAAGCAGCGAAGCAGCGCUGAGCCUCCUGAUCGGACUCGUCCCAUCUUAAAGCCAGACUGGAAACUUCGUGUUCAACAGCAUCAUAAAUACAAAGCGGUGUUUUGUGAGAGAUCAUUUCACGAGAAGGGUUUAAAAAGCAUUUUAUCGAGCUUUUAAUGCGAUUAAGUGUUGUUUUUAUAAUUGUUCCUUAGUGCUACCAGGUUUAUGAGAUUUCUGAUAAAUAUUUUAACAAUUUUUAUUGUUUUAUCUGCAAUCAAACAGAAGUGUUGUCGUUGUUGUUCUGUGCACUCAGUUGAACUGU